UCGAGGGCGCGCUCAUGGUUCGCGUCAUGGCCGAGGAGAACAUCGCCGAGCGCACGCGCUUCCGCCUCAUGCUCAAGCGACGAAAGGCGGAGCGGCUCAAGGCGGAGGCGGCGGAGCGCGCCGCCAUGGAGCGGGCGGUGACCGCGAAGCAGCGGGAGAGGUUCGAGCGCGAUUCGAUCCGCCGAGCCGCCGAGCUGGCUGCGCGACGCGAGGAGUACAAACGCGAGAUGGACCGGAUGACCGCGGGACGCACCACGCGUCCGCUGAACCUGAGGGAGGUGGUGGCGGCGUGGGACGAGAUCAAGCUCCACGCGAGCAUGAAGUUCGGGUGCGAUUUGCAGACGGACGUCGGGUGGGAGGGUCUCACGGUGCAGCCCGCGGGGUUGCAGCGCGUGGUGAACGAGGUGCGGGAGGCGUUUGGGGACGGGACCGUGACGCUGUCCAGGGACGACACCGCGGACGACGACGAAGAGGACGACGAAGAGGAGGAGUUGGAGCGGGUCGGGGACGGGAUGGAAGAGGCGCGUCACGACGGGGUCGGCGACGACGUUCACGACGACGAAGCCGACGACGACGGGUCCACCCCGAAGCGGCGCUGGCUCGCCAGUCACAGGCUCCACCACGGCGCGGCUGAGUUUCUGGAGGCGUGCGCGAACGAGGGGCACGAGGUGUUGGUGCUCGGGGGUCCGUACAGGAGCGCGGCGUGCGUCAGGACCGUGUUGACCCACCUCGGCGUGCGCGUCGAUCAAACAGAAACAGGGUCGAACGACGAAGGGUCAAACACCCGGGCCGAGACGAACGCAAAGACGAACUCGACGAACGGUCCGUUGGUCGGGAGGGUUCGCGUCGUCGGCGCCGAGGAGGGCACCGCGCGCGGGCUCGUCGUCGGCGCGGUGAUGCGCGAGCGGGAGAUGCCGUGGCAGCGGUGGCACCUCAUCGACUCCAGCCUGUCCGAGCUCGAGCGCGUGGCGCGUUCGGAGCUCACGGUUGGAUUCAAAGCGCGAUACGCGUCCUGGGUACCGGCGCUUCACAAGGACAAGGUUAGGGCGGAGCACGCGGCGGGGGUGGAGUUCAUCGACUACGACGGGUUGUUCGGGAUCGUGGGGUUGGAGACGCCGUCGUCGGUGCUGGACAGUAGGUGAUGUCGUAGUCGCGUAGUCACGAAGGGCCAAAGCCGCCCCGCCGCUUCGUUCAUCGAUGGUGUACCCUCAUACCUC